AUGCAUACAACGCAUCCCGCACUCGGCAACGGGCGAAAGUCCUCAUUUCUUGGUUACGGACGCGAUCCACAGUAUCCGUCCUCGGUGAUACCAAGGGAACAUCUGUCAUCCUACCAAUUCAACUAUGAUGACUAUAAGACCGAGCUUCUUGCUGGACUAAAGUCGGCCCGCGAGUGUAUUUCGGAGCGUGCUGAAGAGAACCGCACGGCAAUGAAAAACAGCUAUGACAAAAGCAGCAGCCGUCGCUCCCACACGGAAGACGUGGAAACAAUUGGCUUCUGUUGUCCUGAAACUUACAUGCACCAUAACCAGCAUCUCUCUUGUGCGAUGGCACGACCGUGGGGUACGAUCAUCCCAAAUGCACCGAUUCCAGAGCUUAUCACGAAGACGCCUUAUGAGCUCGGACGAGCGAUCACAAUAGCAAUGCAGACACAUGUGUCAGAUGCUGUGAAGCGUGAUCUAUUAGUGGAUGACUCAUAUGUUACUUUAUCUCCAACAGGUUUAGCCAUUGCGUAUGCAUAUUUUCGUGGGGCGUGUAUGCACCUCAGUCAGAUGAUUCGAGUAGCGCAGCUGGAGGCGAGGGAAAGCCACCGACAUCGGAACGGGCACGAAGCGUUUGACGCGGAUCGCGUUGAAUGGGAGGCCCUUAAGAGUUCGAUCUUGUUGAAGCCAUGGACCAUCGAUAGGUGGUCGGCCAUGAGAUGCAAGAGAACGAUCAUUCUGCUUCCAGCUGGAUUCGAGAACCACACGGAAGGCUUCACCAAGGACUAG